UCAUAAGAAAUAUGAGCACUGAGUGUUUUAUGGGUGUGAGGGAGAGGGAGUGUUCUUCACUCUAGUCUGUGGAGAAGAAGGGAAGCCAUUUUGUCCCUCACAGACGAGAUUAAAAUCAUGGAAGUCGAACCCUGAUCCUGCGGUGUAAACUUCAUCUCAGGUGCCUGAAGGCUCCAUGUACUUGAUCAGAUAGGUGUAAUGGGGUAAAACAAAGUUUGCAGGCCAAGCUCACUGGAAUAAUUUACUAAAAAUAAUCUUAAAAUAAACAAAUAAAAUGGAAAUAGAAGUCAACACCAUGAACAACACAUCCCAAAUACGUUUUUACAAUAAACAUGACCACAGACAUGAUUAUACAUGCAGAAAAUUAGAUGAUUGUAUUUGGUAAAGGUUACAAAUCAGUUAGAUAAGUUACAUCUUAAGAAAACCGUAUUAAAUAUGUAAUUCAUCCAAACUGAGAAUUUAUUAUGUUAAUAAUUUGAAGCAUUAUGGAAACCUAACAAAAAACAUUUGAUUUGUAAAUUGCAUACAUGAUCCUGAUACAUUUUUAUCCUCUACGUCGCAAUAAGGCGCUUAACGGGUCGCCCCGUCUCUCCGGCAGCUUGGGUCCUUCUGUCAGUGGCGCUUGAUGAAUGCGCGCGCGCUGUGUUGACAGCGUAGAUCAAUACACAAAAUAGAGUUUCUACUCGUUCUCAGGAGGAUUAAUAUCAGUGUGUGAUGGAAGAGGUCGAUGUGGAGCCAAACCCGACCCUCAUUCCCGGAGUUGGGUUUAACCAGCAGCACAUUGGUUUUGAAUGGGGUCCCGGGGAUAUGUUAGUCUACGAGACGAACUACCAGCUACAAGGUUCUCGGUCUAAAGGCUCUCCAUUCGUGCACGUCGUGAGGAAAGAUGAAGACAUCUCUUCUCCCAUCCUGCGCAAACUCUUCAAUGAGUCCCAUCACAUCUUUGUAGAGCUGCAGAAGAUCAAAGAGGACGAGCCCAGCAAAAACAAGAAACCACAGUUUGUGAGCAUCAGUAAGAACUACAGAUCUGUGAUCCGAGCGUGUAUGGAAGAACUUCAGCAGGGCGCCGUUUCAGCUCAAGACAGAUCUUUAGCAUCCCAGUAUGGAGAUCAGGUCUCUAUUCUCUUGGCCAUUGAGCUCAUCUGGAACUUGUGUGAGGUUCUUUUUAUCGACGCGGCUCCAGCCGGUGCUCUGCUGCUCCACCUGCUGGACUGGGUGCGUCUGCACAAAUCCGACGUGGAUACGAGAGCGAGAGAGGUGUUACAGAGCGACAGCCCUACUCAACAUAGCUCCUACUGGGAUGUGGUGAUUAGUUUGGUUCUGCAGGGUCGUAUGGAUGAAGCCCGGCAGGUCCUGUCGAAACAGGCAUCUCUACGGGCAGACAGCAGCUCUGUGUUCAAGCGCAUGGACACUCUGUUACAGAGCAUGCCCAUAUUUAAUCUCGCAGGCACUCAGACGCUGACGGAGUUUGACGUCAAAUGGAGAAACUGGCACGAAGAAUGUGACCGCUCUCUCCAGGACAACACGUUUGCUAGCAACCAUCACCUAGAGGCCAUAUGCAAGAUUCUGGUUGGUGAUGAAGACGCUCUGCUGGAACACAAGGAGUUGUUGAGUACGUGGUAUCACUUCCUGGUGACCCGACUGCUCUUCUGUCACCCGACGAUCAAACCGCCCGACCUGCACUAUUACGCCCAGUCCAGCAUGAACAUGUUUGUGGGCCCGCGGGCUUCACCGGAACCUCUGGACAUCAUACUUCUGUCAGCGUUUGAGUUUGACCUGCAUCAGGUCAUCAAAGACUGCAGUUUCGCUAUUAAUAACUGGUGGUUUGUGGCUCAUCUGACGGAUCUGUUGGAUCACUGCAAACUCCUGCAGUCACACAACCUUCAUUUCGGGUCUAACCUGCGUGAGUUUCUGGUUCUGGAAUACGCCUCGGGUCUCUUCACACACCACAGUCUGUGGCAGCUGGCGGUGGAUUACUUCGAUCACUGUCCAGAGCUGGGUCGAGUGUAUCUGGAGUUACUGAUCGAGAGGAUUCCACUGGACACUGAACGCAAGGCUCUCAAAGUCCUGCGGAUCUGUGAGGACAGACAGAUGAGUGAACAGGUUCGCAGUAUCUGUAAGAUAAUGGCUAAAAGAUCUCUGAGGAAUAACAGACUGGGAUCCGCUCUGUCCUGGAGCAUCCGAGCCAAAGACGCAGCGUUUGCUACACUCAUCUCCGAGAGGUUUCUUCAGGAUUACAGGAAUAAAGGCUCGUUCACAGAUCUGGAUUUGCUGGAUAAUCUCGGCCCCGCUAUGCUGCUCAGUGACAGACUGACAUUUUUAGGGAAAUACAGAGAGUUCCACAGGCUUUAUGGAGAGAAGCGUUUCUCAGAGGCCGCCAAACUCCUGCUGUCCCUUAUGACGGCAAAGAUUGCUCCUCGCAGUCUGUGGAUGACCUUGCUGACAGACGCCCUGCCCCUGCUGGAGCAGACCGAGGUGAUCUUUUCUGUGGAUCAGACGUAUGAGCUCAUGUCCUGUCUAGAAGAACUGACUUCCAGAACCAACAACUCAAAAGAGACAGCACCGGAGGAUGAUAUCGAAUUAACCAAGACCGAACUGUUGCGACUCGCUUUGGCUCGCAAUCUGGCCAUGGCCAUCGUAAAGGAAGGAACGAUAGAAACAUGAGACCAUCAGAUCCAAACCUCCAGCUGUCUGUGAACUGUACAUAACUCAGAUUAUUUGGAUAAACAUGUUGUGUCUUUUUUUUAUAUACCUUUGCAAAAUACAUCAUUUCACAUGA